CCAACAAAAAGAAAUGUGCAUACACAACUGAUGAUCCUAUACCUAUUGAUAUAAAUAACCCUAGCAUACUUUUAGAUUAUACUGAACUAAAAACUACAUAUAAACAUUUAGGAAUACUAGAAAACCAAUUUGGUGCAGAUGCUAGAGAAAAUUUAGAUAAGCUUAAAGAAGCCAUAGAUAAAGCCUUAGACAUAAUUUUAUCAUCACCAUUAUCAGUAGGAGAAAUGGUGAAAUGCAUCAAUACAUGUAUUACACCUAAAAUUUUAUAUUGUUUUUCCCAUAUAGGUGAUGAAAAUAUUCGUAGAAAGGUUGCAACGCAAUUUGAUUGCCUUAUAAGAGCUAAAUUUAACAAUCAUAAAAUAAAUUUAACCUCACUAACAAAUUCAAGAUUAUAUUUAUCUAGAGAUAAUCUUGGACUUGGUCUAAAAAACAUGGAACUAGAAUAA